AUGAAGGCAGAGUUUUGGGGCCUGUAUUUCAGUGCUCAUUGGUGUCCUCCAUGUAGGGGUUUUACACCUAAACUAGCUGAAUGGUACACUAAACUGACUGGAGCAGCCUUGAAAGACAAACUGGAGAUUAUCUUUGUCAGCUCUGAUCGUGAUGAAGAUGCUUUCGAUGAGUAUUUUGACUCCAUGCCUUGGCUAAGUUUGCCCUACAACGAGAGAGAUAUUAAAGCUAGCCUCAGUAAAAAGUUUAAAGUUUCUGGCAUUCCUACUCUUGUCUUUGUGAAUGCUAAAACUGGGGAGCUUAUUGAAAAAAGUGGUCGUUCUGUUGUCACUGAAGAUCCUAAUGGAGAAAACUUUCCUUGGAAACCAGAGACAUUUGGUGAUGUCAUACCCGGUGUAUUUGUGAACAAAGACGGCAACAAGAUCAGUUGGGACGAUUGCAAGGGGAAAAACUAUUGGACUACACCGGAAAAGUUAUUACUGAUAGUGGGACGUGGUAUGGUGUCUUCUGAUCCUGAAGGAAAAGAUUUUCCAUGGUAUCCUAAGGCAUUAGAACCACUUCACAGUGGUAAAGUGGAUGCCAUCAACGAACAACCCUGUUUGAUCUGGUUUACAGAUGGUACUGAUGCACAAAUUGAGAAAGCAAAGAAAUCAAUGGACCCUGUGGCACACCCUAUUUUGAGGAACACAAAGAUGACAAUAGUGCUGUAG